GGCGGAGCUGCGCAAUCGUCUGAGCUGCGCACCGACUGGCGGCGGGAGCUGAGCCCACAAGUUGCAGGCAGCGGAGCGCCACCUCGUCCCGUUCGCAGCCCCUGCGCCCACCGGCUACGGCCGGCGCCAGGACGCUCAGCCCUCAGACGCUGAUCCCAGAUGUGACAGCGGGAUCGCGGCCCCUUCUCCUUCCCAGCACGAUCCACAGAGUCUCGCCUGCUUCUCCGCUGCCCAAACCCUAAGGCUGGAAGAUGUGGCAGCCGGCUACUGAGCGCCUGCAGAGAUAUUACUUCAGCUUCGAUACUCCAAAAUCUGCCUGGGUUUUCCAAUGGAUUUGAUGAUUGCUUCCAUUGGUCUUUAGAAAGACCAAACCUAACCAGCACUUCCAGACCAUGUUGAAGUCUAAAUUGAAUGUCCUAACACUGAAAAAGGAACCUAUACCAGCAGUCAUCUUCCAUGAGCCAGAAGCCAUUGAACUAUGUACCACCACACCACUGAUGAAGACAAGGACUCAUAGUGGCUGCAAGGUCACCUAUCUGGGGAAAGUCUCCACCACAGGCAUGCAGUUUUUAUCUGGCUGCACCGAAAAGCCAGUCAUUGAGCUCUGGAAGAAACACACACUGGCCCGAGAAGACGUUUUUCCAGCCAACGCCCUCCUAGAGAUCCGUCCAUUCCAAGUGUGGCUUCAUCACCUUGACCACAAGGGCGAGGCAACGGUGCACAUGGAUACCUUCCAGGUAGCUCGCAUUGCCUACUGCACAGCUGACCACAACGUGAGCCCCAACAUCUUCGCCUGGGUGUACAGAGAGAUCAAUGAUGACCUGUCUUACCAGAUGGACUGCCACGCUGUGCAAUGUGAGAGCAAGCUGGAGGCCAAGAAGCUGGCACAUGCCAUGAUGGAGGCCUUCAGGAAGACUUUCCACAGUAUGAAGAGUGAUGGGCGGAUCCAUAGGAGCAGCUCCUCUGAAGAGGCUUCCCAGGAAUUAGAAUCUGAUGAUGGCUGAAGGAAUUUAAGAUGUUCCAGGGAAGGCAGCAAAUGGGCAAGGAAUUUCAGAAGAUAGAUGCAUUUGCAAUGAUUCAAAUUUGGUAUGAAAAGACUGCCAAAACUAUUGGCUGACCAUGCUUUUUAAAUUCAGAAGAGCAAUUCUAAAUCUAAAGAAAUGUAUCAUUAAUUAUGUGACAUUGAAAUCUGCUGCUGCUGUGACCAUGAGGAGAGUGGGUGUAUGGGUGGGGAGGAAGGUUCCAGACUGUCUGCUCGGUUUUUUUCUCCUAUUCCAACACUUCCUGGUGGGAGAUCUCCACGACUAUUUUCACCAUUCUCAGGCAAAUGCUCUCGGGCUAUAGUCUGAUGGACUGUUCUAAUCUGCCUUAUGAAAUCCAACAGGAAUGUUAGAGGCAUAUCUGUGAUCCCUAGGCUGGUGGGUGGUAUGAGGAGGUGAUGCUGGUGUGGAGGUCGCAGGAUGGAAGGGACAUGUCCAGCCCAGGUGACUGACUGAUUGCUCCUCUCUCUUGGCAUGUUUGCAGACACUCUCCUCAGUACUGGUGAAUCAGCAGAGCUUGGAUUGAGCUUUACAACUAACAGCACGCUAGAUGGCAGUUAAUUUGCAGUUAAAGCUAAUGCUUUGAUUUACGUGAGCAUAUCAAGUAGUAACCUCCUAUUGUAUUUACUUCAUCUAUUUUCUUAGAAUCCUUGCAACUAACGAUCAUGCUCCUCCUUCUGCCCCACCAUGUUCUUUCUUCUUCCAGCCUCCCCAAAAGGGAUGGAAGCUCAACACAUUGCAGGACUCCAACAGGGAAGAAAAAUAACAAAUUAAUUCAAUAAACCGUCAGCAGACCUACCGGAAGUCUCAGACAUCAGAAACCCUAGAACAAAAGGAGAAUGGGUGGCCCAAGUCUAUAGAGGUUGUCCUUAUUAAGUCCUGAUAUAUAGUAACUUACUUGGUUAAGUCCCAUUGGAUGACUCCUUCAUGGGAAGUUUAAACUCUGACAUGACAUUGCCUGGGAAGUCUUGCUCCAUCCUUCAACCUUGAACUCAUGUAGGGAAUGAGUGAAAUCAAAUCAGUUUGCCCAUGUCUAUCUGGAAACCUAAAGGGAAAUGUGACCUUGUUGUCCUGAAGUCAGUAAUAUCUUAGAGUCAGAAUAACCCCUUUGACUAUCAGUUCUGAAGAGAAAUUAUCAUUGAUAGCUUGAGAUCUCUCAAUUUCAAGAUCUUUGCAUAUCAUAAUCAUGGAAAGUAUUUGUUAAAAUAUACACAUUUAAGAUGAAUAGACACAUUAAGAGGGCACAUGAGCCACCUUUUCAAGUGAUAUUGCUCUUUUAAAGGGUGUGUUUUAUUUCAGGUGAUGCUAAGGGCAACAGGGCACCUUAGAAGCCUUAAGUGAAAGCUAAUAUAAUCCAGACAGCAAUGGUGUUGGUAUUUUAGUCUGUGUACCCAUGUGUCCAUGUAUGUGUUUGUGUGUGUGUAUGUCCCCUGUGUGGGUCCAGUUUCAAGGCAUGUACAAUAAGCAUGGAGUCGUUUGGUGAGGACUCACCUCCUGAAGAUAUGCUUGUUGCUUUAUGACAAUUGUAAACUAUUCUUUAGAUAAAUGCAUUCACUCUUUAAUAAAAAUAUGUUUGUGUUAAUGAAGCCAGGAUGUUUCAUACUUUAUAUGAAUUUCCCUUUUUUAAGGAAUGGAAAUUUGACAUGUAAAAUAAAUAAAACUUGGUAAACAGGGCAAUUUUAUCUUGUUUUUUAAUUGAUCAUACAUAGGACAUUCCUUGUGUUUUGAGAUCUUUUUCAAUUUGUUUUUCAUAGAUGACUGCCCCUUAAUUGAGACAAUAAUGUUACUAAUAUUGUGUUGACCUUGCUUAAUGUGAUGGACUUAUUUCAGAGAAGAAUGUUUCCAAACAUUUUGCAAAUAAUUGCUGUUUAAAACCCUCUGUUCAUCUUUUGUAGAGCCCAUCCUGAAAUCCUGAAAGGUAAGCCUAGAAUGAUUCCUUUGGAGAAUAGAUAAAAAUGUCUCUCCAGGCCAUGAUCUCUUAGAAUGGCCACAUAUUAAUAAACUGGCUGUGAAGAAAUAAAUAAAUAAUAAAUAAACUGUC